UGGCAACGUCUUCCACAGCGUUUCCGUAGUGUAGUGGUUAUCACGUUCGCCUCACACGCGAAAGGUCCCCGGUUCGAAACCGGGCGGAAACAGCCGGCGGUCUCUUUUCUUUUCCCCAUGCUCGGAAUAAAUUGCCUAAGAAACGAUUUCGCUUAAUUUUUAAAAUUUCACGCCCUCACAAACACCUGCACCCUCCUCCUGCCUGCACGCGCGGGGCUGUGGUGCUGACGUGGGUGCGGAGUCGGGCCGUCGCAGGAGGGGAGACGCGGCCCGGGCCCCGGAAGCGCAUCCCCAGCCCGCGGCCUUCCUGCCCGCGGGUCUCCGGUCGCCCACCCGCGAGGGGACGGCCUGGACACUCGAUACACAAAUAAUGUAUCUGUAGGGUCUCUGGAAAGUUAGCAGCCACCCGAUCUCCUGAUAAGUUCCCUAAAGGCGCAGUGUGAGGAAGACAGAAGAACCCCCUGGACUAGCAGAGCCACCGGCGCAGCGCUGCAGCUGCCAUGCCCAAGAGAAAGGCAAAAGGAGACGCCAAAGGAGACAAAGUGAAAGUGAAGGAUGAGCCGCAGAGAAGGUCGGCACGGCUGUCUGCUAAGCCUGCUCCUCCAAAACCAGAGCCCAGGCCUAAAGAGGCCCCUACACAGAAGGGGGAGAAGCUGCCCAAAGGAAAAAAGGGGAAAGCAGAUGGUGGCAAGGAUGGUAACAACCCUGGGAGAACCCGAGAUGCCGCCGCUACCCAGUCACAGAGAGCAGAAGGCACUGGGGACAAGUGAAGCAGACGUUUUAAAUAGUUCUGUUCUUCUAAUGACUCCACCGUCUGAAAUGCUAUUUUUUAAAUCUGUUUUAUUAAAAUGUAGGUUUUUUUUAAGUUACACUGUUAGCACACAAGACACUGUGGCUGUCUCUUGUGGAAAGGGCAAAUGCCACUAAUAGAGUGUUAGGAGCUCGAUUGAAAUGGGGGAAGUAGGAUUUUCUGUCCUUGUUUUUGAAGGUUAUUCUUGGUUGCAUGCACAUGUCAGCCACUUUGGCUCAAAAGCCUCGCACUGCGGGGAAGCCAGACAUCCUGUCUUCUUUCCCGGUGCCAUCGGCUUGGACCUGGUGUCCUGAAACGAGACCCGUGAAGUGGCCGUGGCACCCCUGCAACUGGCAGUGUGGGGUCGCAUGUCCAGGGUUUCUGGCAGACAUCGAGAUGGUGUUGCUCAGAAGGUCAAAGAUUUCUGUCUGGUUUGUGGAUCCUGCAGAUUUCAGGUGUUUUGUCUAGGUCAGAGCUGACCUGUGAAAAUCUGCUAUGUGCCUCAUACAAAAUGUCUGUCCCUUCUGAAACAUUUCCUGUUCAAAGCAGCAACAGAAGAGGUCGUUGACUUUUGAGGAGGGGAUUUUGGAAGUUGUAAAAUUUUAUAAAUUGUACUCAGAUUUUGCUGGAAGUAACUUUUUGUUUUUCUAAGUAUAUGAAAAAGUUGGAUACAAAUUGGCAAUGGGAGGGGAUCAUUUCCUACCCAAACACAUAUUUCUUACAGCCUGUGAACGUUGUAGUUUUUUCACAUUUACCUUGCAUCUUUCCUGAACUGAUUUUUGUGAAAUGUAUGAGAUAGAAGUUCAGCAUCGUAGUUUUUCCGUAUGGAUGUGUUUGUCCCAGCAUCACUUUUUGAAAAGUUUAUCCAUCCCUCACUGAUUUGUAGCACUGGCUGUUUCAUAAAUCAAGUUGGGGUGGCGGGGGGGGGGUUCUAUUCUGACUCAUGAGGCAGGCACUUUGCCUAACCCCCGGCAGUGCUACAGGCCUGGGUACUACAAGUUUAGAAACUGACCUUGAUAUCUCAGGACAAAUCCAACUUCCAUCCCCUACACCUCCACCAAAGUUUUCUUCCUCAGGACUAUUUGGCCAAGCUUAGCUAGACUGACAAGUUGUUAAUCAAACCAAACAAGAAAGUGUUGGAAUUUUAUUGGGUUUGUACUGAAUUUAUACAUUGUGAUGUUGAGUCUUUCAAUCUAUGAACCCAUUUAUUUAGGAUCUUUAACUUCUUUCAAUAAAGUUUUAUAAUUUUCUCCA